GUGCAGCACACCUGGGCAGAGCUACUAGAGAGGGAAAAGGGACAGCAGCACAGAAAAGACAUACAGCCAUAACAGCUACUACAGUAUUGAUUUUUCCCAUCAUGAAAAACACCUAAUCAUUUUGACCAGUACUGCUCACACGAUGACAAAACAACUUUUCAUUUUGGUGGCAUCGGCCAAUUUACUGACACAAUAACUGGUUUUGGAGCAUGAAUGAAGUGUUUUGGGGCAAUUUUCGUCCAGUUCCUGGUAGCACAGUGACUCAAAGACCACGUGACCAGCAUGCUCCUAUAAAUACCUUUUGAGAGCUAAGGAGGAUAUAGUGUGAUAUAGCCUGGCUGGAUAACCUACCCAACCCAAUACCCUGUGCGUAAAAGAGAUUUUUGGAGACACACUUUGGAUAAUCCAAAAAGCAGCUUUUUUUUAAAGGAGCUGCAGCAAAACCUGAAACCCAUCGCAUCUCAAGAAAAAAGUCCAGAUUGGUGCCAGAUUGGUGAUCUUUGACUGUUUUUACGCAUGAAAACCAGAACUUUUUCUGCUCGAUGAGAAGAAACCCGCAUUUGCAGGACGGCCAGGAGUCUCCAAAUCCACACAGGUCAAAGACUUCUUUAUCUUUUUCAUUAUAUUCUAGCCAUGUGUGCAUUCAGUAGCUGGAGAUAAAAGCUGCAGCUAAGUGUGGUUGUCAGAGGGAGAAAUCUAGGAGAGAGGAGGAAAUCUGAGGAUGACUUUAGGGACGGAUAUGUCCGACAGCUCUGCAUUGUCCGAAGACGUGGACAUCGAUGUGGUUGGUGGUGACAUAUCCUUGGGAAAAGACGGGAAGUAUAUCCACCACGAGUUUAACUUGGACAAUGACUCGGAUGAUAAUUACUCCCAUGCUGCUGCAGAAGAGAGAGUUUCCUCUCCGGGGCUCAGCAGCUCCGACUGUCCGUCAGACCAGAUCCAGGACUCUGGUGCAGAGGUUGGGACAGUUAUUGGGGAUAAAUCCAGAAAAGGCGCACUUGUAAAACCCCCUUACUCCUACAUCGCCCUCAUCACCAUGUCCAUCCUGCAGAGCCCCAAGAAGCGCCUGACGCUCAGCGAGAUCUGCGAGUUCAUCAGCAGCAGAUUCCCGUACUACCGGGAGAAGUUCCCGGCGUGGCAGAACUCCAUCCGACACAACCUUUCUUUAAACGACUGCUUCGUGAAAAUCCCCAGAGAGCCAGGUAAUCCAGGUAAAGGCAACUAUUGGACCUUGGAUCCGGACUCUGCAGACAUGUUCGACAACGGGAGCUUCUUGCGCAGGAGGAAGCGCUUCAAGAGGCACCAGACUAAUGAGAUCCUGAGAGAGUCUGGAGGGUUUCUACCCGGGUUUGGAUACGGACCGUACGGAUACAACUAUGGACUCCAGCUGCAGAACUUCCACAACCCGUAUCACCCGCACAACCCGCACCAUUCAUCCUCUUUCCCGUUCCCUACCGCGCCUUGCACCUUGCCUUCAACAGCCUCUUUAUUCCCAGCACCGCACCAUCUUCCAUCUCUGUUAGGGGCUGAUUUAAGAAAGCCCUUUUACCCGCAACUGAGCCCGUCUUUGCAGCCUCUCAAGACGGACUCCAGUGCACCAAAUCGACCUUCAUUCUCCAUUGAUAACAUCAUAGGUGCGGCCAACUCCACCGGCUCUUCCUACGCAGCGCAGCCGGGCAGCCAGGCUCACAUCCUGGCCAUACUGACUCCAACGCUGGCCUCUGCUGCUUCCAGCCACUUGAACCUUUCACAGGACAGCAUAUUACAGGGUCAGACUUUCUCCAGCAGCAAAACACCCAAUAUGAACACUUGUCCUUUUUAAAAAAACAUAAAAGAAAAAAAGAAAAAAGAGGCAAGAAGGAAAAAUCUUUUAUUAUAAAGCCAAUUUAUGGCGUCCUGUUCCUGUCCUGUGUGCUGGCCUCUGCUUCCAGCCACUUGAACCUUUCACAGGACAGCAUAUUACAGGGUCAGACUUUCUCCAGCAAAACACCCAAUAUGAACACUUGUCCUUUCUAAAAAAAAAAAAGAAAAAAAAAAAAGAGGCAAGAAUGAAAAUCUUUUAUUAUAAAGCCAAUUUAUGGUCCUGUUCCUGUGUGAAGGUAGGCUGUACAUUCAUGGUGAGAAAAAAAAGUUUUGGCUCUCCCCAUUUUCCUAACAAUAGAGGAGAGAUUUAUUUAUGGUUUGUAAAUAUGUGUAUAAUAUUGAGAGACAAAAGCAAGAGAAACUCGGAGAAGGAUCUUUUUUUUUUUUUUUUUUUUCUUUUUUAAAAACAGUGCUGGCCUCCAUUUGUCAGUGAAGAUCCUGUUAUUUUAAGUUAAAGGGGUGUCACCCAAUGGGGAUGAUUCCCGACCUUUUUCUUAUUUUUUUUUUAAAUAUAAUUGAGAAUUUUAUUAUGAUUUAUUUUUAUUUUUAUUUUGUGCGUCGUGAGAAAAAUGGCACUGUUGUUGUUGACAUAUAGGCUGACAAAGACAGAGCAAACUCAGGUUUUACUUCUAGAAAGCACAUGGAGACAAAAGAGAGGAGUUCUGACACUAAAAUAACCAUCACAUCCUCUCAACCUCCUCUACAUGGUGAAUUUGUGACAAUAUCAUUUCAUGUUGUCGGUGGACACAGUAGGCUUAUGUGUUUUUUUGGUAUAAAAGAGCGCAUUUACCUCUCUCAACUUUCUUAAUUGUUGUUCGUUCCUCUAUUUCACUCUGUGAAACAUUCAGUAUGUCAUGUGUUGCCAAUAGAGAGAGAGAGACACCUAAAUGUUCAUAGGUCAUUUUUUUGGUUGUAAUGACAAGAAUAAUAAAUGUUUGUGAAUUUAA